GCCUCUGGGCAAAAACGCUGCCUGCAAAGUCAUUGCCUGAUUAGACAGCAAGGCAGCAAGUCACCUGCCUAAGUUUUCGGAUGCAGCCAAAAUGUUAUUGCAGGCUGCUCUACAGGCUUCUACCACGCGAGCUUUCAUGAGUGCUGUUGCCAGAUAUCAUAAAUUCUAAUCCCUGAAUCAGAACUUUUCUUAUUUAUACAAUCUGGCAACCAUACACAUGUGCUUACUCUUCAUUGUGGAAGCACCGCCGCUGAUGAUCUGAAUACACCAACAGACAAGCUGGAGUUUAUAAUUUAAAUGAAAGCAUCACUCAGCUGGUCUGACUUCUGUCAUGAGAUCUCGGCUGUAUUGUUUGCGAUUGUAAUUGCUAAAUAAAUUCACUAACUCAGCCGUUGUUGUUCUAAUAGAGAUAUUAACUAUUGCAAUUUUGGAAUUAGUGGAAUUACUAGGAAUUUCAUAGUUAUAAUAUAUUCAUUUGUUUUAGCUGUUUUCAUAAUGUAGACAGAGAGAUUGCAAGUCUUUGGUAUUUAUUUAUAUAAUAGAAAGCCUAUAAAUCAGUACACUAGAUUUGAUCAAAUACACCAUGUGUGUCCAUUCUAUUGACUUAUGCUUACUGGAGAAAGUGCAAUAUCUGAAAUGCAAAAGUAAAUUUCUAAAAUGGCAACAAUCAUUAUGAUUAUUAUUUUGAGAAUAUCUCUACCGCAAGGGACUCACAGCCGAAUUGCAGUCUGAGCUCACCUGUUCUGACGAGAGGAGAACCCUUGAACAGUUUAUUGAUCUCUCCAUCCGCACUGACAAUCUGAUGCGAGCAUGACGUGUCCCUCGCAACCUUCCCAUGCACCCUCGAACAACCACAGUUUCUGCCGAGUCAGAACCCAUGCAGAUUGGUUAAACUCACCUCACUAAUGAAGAAAGAGAGAUGAGGAUUUGCAAUCAUCUUUGCCUCUAUUGUGGUUUGUCUGGACAUCUGAGAGUUCCUGCUCUACUCAUUCUACCCCUUGAGGCUUCCCUGCGGUGAGUUUAAAUCUCAAAUCUACAAACUGCCUAGAAGUUCCAUUAACUCUUAAAUGUAACAAAAUAUUUACUAAAACCAUAGAACUGAUAGAUUCAGGGGCUGUAAGAAAUUUAAUUGACAAAGUUUGCCAAUACUCCUAAUCUUCCAUGUGAAUAAUGGGUGGCAGUGGCAGCCUUAGAUGGAUGUCCUUUGUGCUCAGGACAAGUCAUAUUUGUCACCAAGGAUAUGUGUCUUCAAACUGGCAUACUUCAUACUGAAACCAUUCGUCUAUACAGUAUGCCAUUGAAUCUCCUCAGAUUCCCACCAUCCUGGGUCUGCCCUGGCUAUAGAGACACAAUCCUUGGAUUUCAUAGACAACCAAACAAAUUCUUCAAUGGUCUGAUUCCUGCCAACAUAACUGUCUACUUACCACUCAAGCUCAUCCUUCUUCAUGAACAGUCCAAUCUACAGCAAACUCACCUGUGCAGGGAUUACGGGCAGUACUUCAGAGACUCAUCGAUAAUCAGCUAUACUCCAAGAUUGAGAAAUGUGAGUUCCACCAGACAGUAACAUCAUUCAUUGGUUACAUCAUCAGUGCAGAGAAGGUAGCAAUGGGUUAUAAAAAAAAUACAGUCUGUGCUCAACUGGCCUCAACCUAUGAUUGUAAAGGAACUACAAUGAUUCUUGGGCUUAGCAAAUUUUUACAGACUGUUCAUUCAUAACUUCAGCACCUCUCACCUCCAUGAUAAAAGCAAACAGACAUCGUCUGCUCUGGUCUUCGUCUGCUACCAUGGCAUUCUAACAGUUGAAAGAACGUUUCACCACUGCACCCAUUCUUCAUCAUCCUGACCCAGAAUUAGAGAUCACUGUGGAGGAUGAUGCAUCCAUCACCAAGAUUGGUGCCAUACUCUCUCAGUGACAAGGUAAUCCUCUCAGACUCUUCCCUUGUGCCUUUUAUUAUCGUAAAUUCAACUUUGCAGAGCAAAAUUAUGAUGUAGGAGAUCAGGAACUUCUAGCCAAGAAGGCAGUCUUGGAAGAAUGGCAUCACUAGUUGGAGGGGGACAAACUUCCCUUUGCUGUUCUAACGGAUCACCAAAACAUUGCGUACUUCAGAUCAGCCAAACGACUCAACCCACAACAGACAAGAUGGUCUCUGUUUUUCACUUAUUUAAAUUUCCAACUAACAUACUGGGCCGUGGGCCAUGUAGCAGUGACAGACAAAGGAGCAGAGAGGGAUCUGGGCUGUGGAGCAGUGACAGACAAUGGAACGGAGGGAGACCUGGGCCAUCGACCAGAUCCAGACCAUUAUGUUGCCAUGGCAGAGCAGGCCUAGCUGGGAGCCAUGGCAGAGAAGAGACAUGGACAGAGAGCCACACACCUCAGGAGGUUCUACAGUGGAAGCCACCACCUCUGGAGGUUCUGUAACAGAAGAGUGGAGUGGAUUCAUGUUCAGGAGAGGACUCAGGAGCAGACUCGUGGACAGGAAAGGUCUCUGGAGCACAGUGUGCAGCCAACAUGCUCAAAAUAGUGAAUGUCAUAACAGGAAGCACUGAGGUCAGGGGAAUAGUCUCUGUGACAGCCAAUCCUGAGACCCUGCGGAUGCCAGCUGCUUGCACUGACAUCAAUGGUGGGUCCAUCGUACUGGCAAUCAGUCCUAACCCAAGCUCCACAUCUGUGGGGGACUCAGGCAUGGCGUCCAUCUUGGCCGGAGAAUAAGGCGUGGCCACCAUCUUGUGUGAAGGCCCAGGUAUGACAUAAGCAGACACCAAAUUGGUGGCCAUGUUGUAACAAGGUUUCGAAAGAUUAGCGUCAUGAGAGAUGUGACGAGACUCUACAAGCGCAGCUAUCUUGUGAAGAGACUCUUCAAUGGUGGCCAUGUUGUGGAGAAUCUCUUUUUUGAGACUGGCAUGAUGUGAGUAGACUCUGGGGUAGCAGAGAGCAUGUAAUCAGACUUUGACUUGGUAGACAUGAUAUGAGUAAACUGUGAAUUAACUGGCAUGUUGUGAGCAGGUCCCGGAUUAGCAGGCAUGAGAUGAGCAGGCAUUGGCUUAGCAGGCAUGAUGUGAGCAUGCUUUGGGGAAGUGUCAUGUUCCUCCUCCAUAAAUGGACAGACAUUUUAAUUAAUGUGGGUAUUAUAUUUGUACUUUGAAAUUUCUAUGCAUUGAGUUAGUCAAACCUCUUCAACGGGGAGGUGAUAGGGAUCGCUAUCUUCUUCAACGAGAGGCUUUUUGGAUUUACACACUACCAACAGUAACAAAAAAUAUACGAAAGCCAGCAGAGAAAAGACAGGACAGAAGACAGCUAGGAGCAAUUGUAGUGACACUUGAUGGAAUGAUUAAAGAACAGAAUCACUGAAGGACUUUUCAUAAAUGAGAAACAGACAAACAAUGGCAGAUUCUAUGAGAGUAACAUUUUGAAAGUGUGUGAAAUAAUGUGAGUUUGCUUAUUACGUUAUUAAUUCUCUCUCUUCUACAGGAACCACAGUUAUCCAGGUGACAGCCACAGAUGCUGAUGACCCUAUGUUUGGGAACAAUGCUAAACUCAUCUAUUCCAUCCUGGAAGGGGAGCCCUACUUUUCAGUGGAACCCAAAACAGGUAUAAUUGUGACCUCAUGGCCUAAUAUGGACAGAGAAGCCAGGGAGACAUAUCUGGUUGUGGUUCAAGUGGAAGAUAUGCUCGGACUCACUGGAGGCUACAGUGCCACAACCACAGUGACCAUCAGCCUGAUGGAUGUUAAUGACAACGGACCAACUUUCCAGCACAAUUUGUACACAUUUGCUAUAUCAGAGUCAGCACCAGUGGGUACCACAUUGGGAAGAAUAAUGGCAGAUGAUGGUGAUGUUGGUCUGAACGCUAAAAUGAACUACAGCUUAGAAGAUCUUGAGGAGAGCAGCACCUUCACAAUCCAGACAGACCCUGACACUCAAGAGGGGAUUGUCAUACUGGCUCAGCCACUGGAUUAUGAGACGAAGAGGCGGUUCGUCAUUGCUGUAGAAGCCAUCAAUGCAAACAUAGACACACGUUUUAUGAAUGCAUAUGAGUUUCGUGACAGGACAACAAUCAAAAUCACUGUGACAAAUGUAGACGAACCACCCAUAUUUUAUGAAACACCUUAUAAUUGGAAAGUUCUAGAGAGUGCCCAAAUAGGCACUCAAGUUGGAACGGUCUACGCUAAAGACACUGACACAAACAACAAUGACAUAAGAUACAGCAUUUUAAAGAGCAGUGACACACGACAGAUGUUCAAAAUUGAUCCAAGUAAUGGGACAGUGUAUGUGGCCAACCUUUUGGAUCGAGAAACAGCAGCCUGGUACAACUUGACCAUCGACGCCAGAGAGAACAGUGAUGAGCAGCUGUCCUCAUCAGUGUCUUUGCACAUAACACUCCUUGACAUCAAUGAUAACGUGCCCACCUUGUCACAAGACUAUCAGCCCUAUGUGUGUGAGGAUACACAGGCAGGAGAGCUAAUUGAGUUGAUCAGUGCCACUGAUGCAGAUGAUCCUGUAGACGGCCAUCAUUUCUAUUUCUCCAUGAUCCCAGAAAAACACAUCAACCCGAACUUCACCAUCAGAGACAACCAAGAUAACACAGCUAGCAUUCUGGCACGGCGGAGCACCUUCACCCAACAUGAUCGCACACACUACCAUCUUCCUGUGGUGAUCAGAGACAGCGGCUCCCCCAUUCUGUCCAGUACCACCACUCUUACCAUCAGAGUGUGUGCAUGUCAGCCUUCAGGUCACUGCCCAUCGGGUGGCUUGGAAGUCUCUCUCGAUGUCAGCAUGCAGAUUUUACUUGCCCUGUCUGUUUGUCUCAUCAUACUUGCAGCAGAGCUCUUGUUUUAAUGAGGGAAUAUUAUCUACAGUCCAAGCAGGCAAGUAUGACAGAAUACAGGAAAAUCUAAUAAGCUCUCAUAAUCAAUAUACUGAUAAACCAGUGUGACCUCAUUCUAACAUAAUAACACAGAUGCUUAAUCAAGUAUCAGAAUGCUAAUGAUAUACUGUAUGUAAAUUAAAUUGCAUAUAUAAUUUGCAUAUGUGCAGUACUGAGUGAAACAUAAUGAACAUUUCUCUUUAGUCAGACAGAUAUUAUCCUUAACACUCUGUAAGACUACAUUUUGUGAUAAUGACCAUCUGACUAUACAUUAUUGUUUACUUGAGUCUUAUUUUGUAAUGUUUUGCUCUCUUUCAUUUCCAUUUUUGCUUCCUGUGUUAAGUUACUGUGCCUUUGUCUGGUGUUGUCCAUUGUGGCUGUGUGUUGGUUUUUCUUCCGUUUCUUUUUCUCUUGGUUUAGUUUUGUUACUUGUGGAUCUGUUUCAUUUUGUUUUAAUUUUUGUGCUUGGCUUUGUGCAUUUUCGUCUUUUAUUGAAUAAAGCACUCUGCAUUUGCAUCCUCCUUUACCUCCUUUGUGAGAUCACUAGUUUAACAGAACACCAGACCAAGAUAUGGAUCCAUCACCUAGGCUAAUUCACCUUUGACAGGGCACAUGCUUCCUCGAGGACCACAUUUGGAAUAUCCUCUAUGGACGCUUUGUUAAUUUCUUGACCAUCCCCUGUAGCUAUGUAGUUCCUCCUUCACAGUGGGAGAGGUGGAAGAGGCCCCUGUCAUGGGGUCAUUACAGAGUCUCCUCCCAUCAUGUCCAUCACUCCUAUUUCACUGCUGCCACUUCUGAGUCUUGGCCUGUUAGGGCCAAGGAGGUCAUCUCUGAAUUCUCUGCCUGUCCUGUCACUGCCACAAAAGCCAUCCCUGAAUCCUUUGCUCAUCCUUUCAUGACCACAGAGGCAGUUUCCAAACAUCCUGCCAUUUCCAAACCACAGAGGUACUCUCUGCCUCAGAGAACUCUCCUCCCAUCCAGUUACAGCCACAGAGGCCUCCGCUAACCUCUCUGUGCUUUGUGUUACAGUAGCGCCUGACCCACUGCUAUGGUUUACUACUCCAUUGCGAGGGUCUUCUGUUCAGUCUGAUCGCCUGCCCAUCUGCUCUGUCUUAAUGGUUACCUGCUAGGCCUGAGCCACUUUGGCAGUCUCCAGCUCUGCACCCUCCACCCUGGUGGAGCAGAAGAUCCCCAUUCUGAGGUGGGGAUCUCCAGCUCCAUCUACUCUGCUGUGGAGGCCAUCUCCUCCGCCUUGGUGAUUUUUUUGCUUCAACUGCUCUGCUGGCUUCACGUGGUCUCCUGCUCUAUCCACUGGAUCCGCUCUGGUUGCCUUUUCCUCCCUGUUCUUCUCCUCUAUCAGCCAAGCCCUGGUCUCCAGCUCUGCCCUGGCCACCCGGUCUGAAUGCUCCACCCUGGUCUCCCACUCUGCCUGCUCCAACAUUGUCUCUUGCUCUGCCAGAGUCUCCAGGCCCUCUUCCACUUCAUGGGCCUGUCCUUCUGCCCCUUCCUCUGUUCCACUUCCACUACUGCUCCCUCCUGGACUUAAAGUGUGUGUUUUGUUGUGGAGUUAUGGAAUCUUCUCCUUGAGGGGAAUCUGUGACUAUCCUGUCUCGUGUUUUCUUAUUUUGUGUUUAAAUGCUCUUGUUUUGUUUCCUUUUGUUUCUGUUUUUUCUUCCUUUGUUGAGUUCUUGUUUUCUUGUUCCCUAUGCUGCCUUGUUUUCCUUCAUAGUUUCCCUUGUGUGUUACCAUAGCUAUCCUUGUUAUUCACAUGACAGCUGAUCACCUUCAUCUGUCGCUU